GUGUCAAAAGAACCCAGGAGACUCGUCUCAAAAUGAGUCAGAGUAAACUAAACGAUCCUAGUUUAGCAGACACAAAGGCAAGGACUCCAUUAAUUAUGACUCGACUUAAGAUUAGCAAAGGCAAUCUUGGUAAAACAAUUCCUAUUGAGAUUCGUAUUAAAACUAGUAUAACUAUGGCAGCAGCUUCACAUUUUGGGUGUGAUCAUAAAGUUCUCUUCUCUUAUGCCCGUAGUGGGAAAAUCUGUCGUAAACAGUGGCUUCUCUCUACUCACAGAAGAUCUCAGAUGAAGAUCUGUUGGAGAGGAAAAAGAGAAGGUGUUGGUGAGAAUGAUAGGGCUAUUGUUAAGAUAAUAAAGGCCAGAGCAGGCUUAGGUAAGACUCGUUCUACCUUAGAUAUGGCAUUGAAUGAUGUUAAACCUUAUUUGAUCUUGGCUCCCUUUACGGUAGAUUACAAUGUUUAUCAAGCGUACGGAACUUUGGAAGACACUAUAAAGAUCCCUUUCGAGGAAUUGUUGCUUGCUAGAACAUAUGCUUUUCUUGGACUAUUAUUUUCCAUGUACACCUCUUGCAAAAAAGGGGCAACAAGUAGUCUCUCAUUGAGACGAGACCACAAUCAGUUUUCUACACCGGAAAUGAGACGGUUCGCCCCUUUUUUGGCCCCCUACGAUAGACCUAAGAGGCCUUCCUUUUACUUCCUCUAUGAACAACUGGAAGAGAUAACCGUUAGAUACCGCAAGGAAAGAGAACUCAAUCCUUGGUUCGUUACAGGUUUUGUAGACGGGGAGGGUUGCUUAACUGUUCCUAUAUCUCAGAAACAAGGCGGAGGUAGAUGUAGCAAAUUGGAGAUUUUAAGAGUAAAAAUUGAAGAUAGCUGUGGACGGCCAGCUCCUAGAGCCUUGGUCACAAAACCCCCUUGUUACUGGAGCAAUGCUAUUAUUAUCCAUCUUACUCUUUUCGGCCGUCCCAUCUUAGUAUUACUCUACUCCUCGGUAUUGGCUUGGAACAUGCUCUAUUUAGAGCCAAUAGGUGUAGGCCUAGGGAUCUAUGGUGGACUAUCCCACGUCACUCUACUCUCUCAAGCAUUUGAUACCUUUAUCCUGGCCUGCGCUUCCAUUAUUCUGCUUCUUGGUUCCGGAGUUAUACCGGUUUUGGGGCAGCAUGGAUCAUGGUUUGAACCUAUUGCCAAAGGCAGAGUGGCUGAAUACCCUCUAAUUAUCCUUUUCACGACUCUAGGUAUGAGUUCCCUUGUUUCUAGUAGUGAUUUGGUCACCCUCUUCUUGUCUAUAGAGCUACAAAGCCUCGCUCUAUACAUCCUCGCCACGAUCUACCGGGACUCAGAGGCAGCGACAUCUGCCGGUCUGAAAUACUUCAUAGUUG